AAGAGGUGGUGGUUGUACGGACCGUAGUUGUGCUAUUUGAAAUUCGUAAUAACUCUUAAUAAAUAUUUAGUUGUUAAAACGGUUUAUAUUAUGGUAAAACGUAACACAAACAAUUAGAUUGCAAUCCGUACGUGCAUGGUGUUAUUCCAGAAAAUGGACAAAAGGCAUACUCUGAAUUGCAGGGAAAGCAAACUUCCCAUUUUCAAGUGGAGUAGGGUGAUGAAUACAGCUGGACCGCACCCCAGACCAAGACAUGGUCACCGUGCUGUAGCCAUUAAAGAUCUUAUGGUUGUGUUUGGUGGGGGCAAUGAAGGUCUGCAUGAAGGUCUUUACGUUUUUAAUACAGCAUCUGGUCAGUGGUAUGAACCUCCAGCAAAUGGUGACGCAUCACCUGGUCGAGCUGCUUUUGGUUUUGUUGUGGAUGGAACACGAAUUAUUGCUUUUGGUGGCAUGACGGAAUAUGGCCAGUACUCAAAUGAUCUGUAUGAACUUCAGGCCACCCGGUGGGAAUGGAGGUAUCUGGAGCCUCGACCGAACCACCCCCUCCCCUGCCCACGUUUGGGCCACAGCUUCAACUUGCUGGGUAACCGAAUAUUGAUGUUUGGUGGCCUGGCUCAGAAUAUCAAUGAGACACAGCCAAGGUACCUUAAUGACCUGUUUAUUCUGGAUUUGCGUGACAAUGGCACAGUAGCUUGGGAGAUGCCACGCAUUAAUGGACCAAGUCCUCCGCCUCGAGAAUCUCAUUCUGCUGUUACAUACCAAGACAUGUUUGGCCGUCCCAAGCUCAUUAUCUACGGUGGAAUGAAUGGAAAUCGUUUGGGUGAUCUAUGGACCUUACACAUAGACACAAUGCAGUGGACUAAGGAGAGGGUGUGUGGCAAGGCUCCUCUGCCUCGUUCGCUCCACUCAGCCACUGUCAUGGGUAACCGCAUGUUUGUGUUCGGAGGCUGGGUACCUCUCAUCUCAGAUGAUAAGUCUACUGACACUUUCUUUGCGAACGAGCGAGAGUGGAAGUGUUCAAACCAGCUGGCUUGCCUCAAUCUUG